UGUUGUCACCGGGUGGUUAACGUCAUGUCGGUCUGAUGGUCAGCCCCGCUUUCACUCAGCGUGCAAGUUGUUUGUGUGAAAGUCCCAUCAAUUUAACAUUUUGUCCAUCGUGUGUGGUUCGGUUUCCCCUGACAAGAAUAGGUGGGUUUGUUGAAAUGUAGCGCUUCCUCUGACUGAAUGCGGCCAUUGGUGAAGGAAUAACGACGACGCCACAAGUUAGCCCGCGCUAGUGUGUUAGCUUUGACUUGCUUGGGUUAGCGUUAGCAUUAGCCACUUAAGGUGACAGCGAAAAGGCCGCACUUAAUAUUGUUUACCAAAGAAAUGGUGAUGGAGAAGCCAAGUCCCCUGCUUGUAGGGCGGGAGUUUGUGAGGCAGUAUUACACACUGUUAAACAAGGCACCAGAUUUCCUGCACAGGUUUUAUGGGAGGAAUUCUUCCUAUGUUCAUGGAGGACUUGACCCCAAUGGGAAGCUGGCAGAAGCAGUGUAUGGACAAGCGGAAAUCCACAAGAAAGUCAUGUCCCUGCAGUUCAGUGAAUGUCACACAAAGAUCAGACAUGUGGACGCCCAUGCCACUCUGAGUGAUGGGGUCGUGGUGCAGGUUCUUGGAGAACUGUCCAACAACGGUCAGCCCAUGAGGAAGUUUAUGCAGACUUUUGUCCUUGCGCCAGAGGGUUCAGUGGCAAACAAAUUCUACGUCCACAAUGACAUCUUCCGUUAUGAGGACGAGGUUUUUGGAGACUCUGAGGCUGAGCUGGAUGAGGAAUCAGAGGAGGAAGUUGAAGAGGAGCCAGAAGAGAGGCAGGCUUCCCCUGAACCACUUCAAGAAAGCCCCAACAGCACCACCUACUAUGAACCUCACCCUGUCACCAAUGGAGUAGAGGAGCCGAUGGAGGAGCCGGCUCCAGAGCCUGAGCCUGAGCCCGAACCAGAGCCCAAAGUAGAGGAGAUCAAACCUGAAGGAGAAGAGAAGGUUCUGGAAGAAAUGGAGGAGAAAGCACCUUCGCCUGUUCCUGUGGAGUCUCCACCAAGCACCCAGGAGGCUCCAAAGGCUUUCUCCUGGGCCUUGGUGACCAGUAAAAACCUGCCUCCUACUGGCACAGUCCCCUCAUCUGGAAUCUCCCCUCAUGUUGUUAAAGCUCCAAGCUCGCAGCCCAGAGCUGAAGCCAAGCCAGAAACACAGGCAGCACCUCUUCGCCCCAGAGACCAGCGCACCCGCGACAGAACGGCCUUCCCUCCACGCGGUCCCAGACCUGAUGGUGUUGCAUCUUCAGAGUCACAAACGGGGAAACCACACUUGAGUUUUGUUAACAAAGGUGGCAGAGGAGAUGCUGAGUCUGGGGACAUGGACAGCAGGCGAAUUGUCCGGUACCCCGACAGCCACCAGCUUUUUGUUGGCAACCUCCCACAUGACAUUGAUGAGAGCGAGCUCAAGGAGUUCUUCAUGACAUAUGGAAACGUGGUGGAACUGCGGAUCAACACCAAAGGCGUUGGAGGAAAGUUGCCAAACUUUGGAUUCGUGGUGUUUGACGACUCUGAUCCCGUGCAAAGAAUCCUGGGGGCUAAGGUAGAAGGGCCCAUCAUGUUUCGAGGCGAGGUGCGUCUGAACGUGGAGGAGAAGAAGACGAGGGCCGUGCGCGAACGAGAGACCCGCGGCGGAGGGGACGAGCGCCGGGACAUGAGGCGCAACGACCGAGGUCCCGGAGGUUCGCGAGGCAUCGUCGGGAGCGGAAUGAUGCGCGAGCGCGACGGGAGGGGACCGCCCCCGCGCGGCGGCAUGGCCCCCAAACCCGGCAUGGGCUCCGGGAGAGGCUCCGGCGGACAAGGAGAGGGCCGCUUCACAUCCCAGCGCCGCUGAGAAGAGCACCACCUGCAGCGUGGAAGUAGUAUCGUGUUCUUCAUCUUCAACCGUUCUCGUUAACGAAAAAGAAAUCUUCAUGUAAAAAAAGUAUAUAUUUGUUUCUUGUUUUAUUUUUUUAUUUUAUUUUUUUUUUGUUCCCUCUUUGCUUUGGAAUGUGACACAACCUGUCAGCCAUUCGUUUGUGAAAUAGACGAAACAGAAUAAGCAAACAAAAAAAAAAAAUCGCUUAUUAGUUGUGAGCUGAGCAUCCUUUUUUGGGUUCCUCAAGAAUUCACAAACUUUAAUUUGUAAAUUUGUGGAAAAUGGCAAACCAACCAGGAGUAAUCUGCCACAUUAGGAGGGACUGAUAAGACUUUUAACUACAAUAAUACAGCCCAUCAUUUGGAAAAGAGAUUAUAUGCCUUGACUUAACAGGGGCGCUGCUUCACGAAAUCCCUCUAUUGCACAUUUUAUAUGGUAGUUUUCUGCCCGUCACUGAUGGAAAAGAAUGAGAUGCAAAAUUUGUGCAGUUCCAGGGGAAAAAGCUUGCCUUUUCCUUUUUUUCCUUUUUUGAGAGACCACUGCUUCAAAAUUGCAUAAUGCACUCAUCAAUAUGCACUAAUGGGUACUUUUUUGUCAUGUUACAUUGACAUCCAAGCUCGGAACGCAGCUGGAGGGACGUGUUUCGUCUCAAAGCGAUACGACUUACCGGGGCAGGCCUCACUCACAGCCUGUCCGCUGUGACCAAUGUACUUUUCACUCUUACGACCCAAAACUACGCUUCAAUUACUGCUGGAUGGACUGGAUGAGAAGCAAAUCUACAUUAUAUUUUUCCUCAUUUAUAGAUCAAAUAAACAAGCUCAAAUCCUGGACUUUCACCAAAUGAUUUGGGCGGGGGUGGGAUGGGGCGGGGCGGGGCGGGGGCGGUCGGGUGCUGGGGUGAAACUAGUAACAAAGUCGAACAAUAGAACUGAGGUGGUAAUGAUUGAGACUCGCCCUGUUUUUAUUUUGAUUCCAGGUUUGUUUUCCUGUUUUUUUUUUUUUUUUUGUUUGUUUGUUUUUUUUCUUUUUGUUUAGUUUUUCUCCUGCCAGCUAGACUGCGAAACUGGGACGGACAACACCUCCCUCCCUCUUCCCUCCCUUCCUGUCUUAAGUGCGGAGUAACCGAAUAAAUGUACAGCGAAAAUCAUAGUUUACUGUAUGUUUUGCUUUUCUGUGUAUAUUUUCAUUUCUCAACUUGAUAAAAAGCAUGAUGGUGCCUUCUAUUUCACUUUUUCCAGUCUUACUAAAGCGUUAAGCUAAAGUUCGGGGCUCGCUGCCUCCUGUAGUAUACGGCGCUGCUCAUUUUGAACUAUCGUCUGCUGUGAGCAGACUUAAAAAAAAAAACAAACAAAAAAAAAACAAAUACUUGCAGUAUUCAUACGAUUUUCAUUUUUCAGGUGCAUAUUUGGGUUUUUUCCAUGCUGUUUUACUACCUAAGAUGAUCUGCUGUGAGUUUUUGUACAUUUGUGUUGUAAUUGUCCUGGGUUUUGUAGAGACAAUAGGUGCCUCGAGUUCUGUUUGAUGUUCAAUGGUUAAGAGGUGAAGAACUUCUCCCCCUUAAAGAAAAAAAAAAAAGGUACAUUAAAGAUGGUGACCGUGCAACCUUUGGUUCUGCGCAGCCAUGAUUUAUUUUAUUAAUUUUUUUUUUUUUUGUGUGAUCUAAGGGUUUUGGAAAUGUCUCGCGAUAUGAUUCAGACGCUGUUGAUUCGUGCUUUCGGUCUGCGACUCAUGGCAGCGCUCGGGUUAAACCCUGGACUCACAAGUUGUCGGACUGUUCUUUUCUCAGCAACAAUUUUGUAAUGAUCUGUGUGUGUGUGUGUGUGUGUGUGUGUGGGCUGGCUAAGGCUCCAGCCAGCAAACAAGCAAAUAAUUGUGCUCACUUUUCUAGCGUUAAUGCAUUUGUAUUUUCAUAUGCUGAUUUUUCACUGUGCUUAUUUUAUUCAGUUAUUUUUUUUAAUUUUUUUUCCAUUCAAGGCAAGUCUAAUCUGAAUGCCAUACUAGUCGGCGCCUUCUUGUCCACUAGCAUCUUUUGUUUUGUUUUGUUGUUCUUUUUUUAUUUACCACUCGGUAGGGAGGGAAGACCUUUUGGUUUCAGCUGGAAAGAAAAACCAGACAAAUGAGAUGUUCUUUUAUUAUUAUUAUUAUUAUUAUUACAAAUUCCUUUGUUAUUAUCUUGCACUGAAAUGGGAAGUGAAACAAUGUAGCAUUUUAUUUUAUUUUACUUUUUUUUUUGACAAACGUGCUAAUGAGGUCUUCCUUGUCAGGUGGUAUUGCACUAUUUCCAACUUUUCUGGGACAAUCUUCUCAGUUUGAACACAGCCUCUCCAAAUUUAUCAUCUGGUUAGGAAAAAGAAAACAGUACGGUUCAUCUUGUUAACGGCAUGAAAAUAACAUUUGCUCUCACUUCCAAAUAAAGCAAGCUGUGAUGUACAGACAUGGCAUAUUUAAGGUAGAUGUCCAGAGUAAAUGCUUGGCUGCAGACUUUGACCGGAGACUCUCUUAAUUUGUUGCCAUCGCCUGUUGGGGGGGAAAAAAAUAAAUAAGUUUUGGACCUCGGGUGUUUUGACCGUCCUCUCAGGUGCCUCGGCCCCAACAAAUGUUCGUCAGGUUAUUACAGAAUGUGGGCACUUGACUGCAAUCCUAUUCUUUACAGCAACGGUUAAAGAGGAGAGCGGUGAAGAGGAGCCCUCGUGCUUUCAGAGCAGUCUCGUGUGUUUACAUGUUAGCGGUGGUAAACGCGUGGAAAUGUGCGGUUGGAUGACCACCACCUCCUCCGAGGUUUUUUUUUUUUUUUUUUAACGACUCUUCUCGUUCUGAACUUUUAAAGGGAUCCUCAAAAGAAAGCUAAAUUUCCCGCGGUUAAAGAAACGGUUAGUGGAUCCUCAUCGUGAAGCAUUCCAGUCAAUUUCAAAUGGAAACAAAUACCUUAUUGGCUUUAGCAGGUGUGGUGAACAGUUGGCUGCCAUCUUCAUUUUACUGUUUGCCCUUGUUGCUAGUGCAAACUGUUGCAGAUGGAAAAUCUUGUUUUUCAUUUGAUUUUUUUCUUCUUUUUUUUCCUUUCCAUUUUGAAUGUGUUGGACUAAACAUACAAUAAACUACUGAUAACAGCA